UCAGAUCAGAAAGAUUGGGGAUUUCUCUCGCGCGCACUAAUCUCUGCUCCGCCUGCCAGGGCGGCGGUGGUUAGCAAGAUGCUCUCUUGCUGCGCCCACUGCGGGAGGGAGUGGAGGAAAACGGGCGAGCAGGUUAGGAGCCCAGCCUAGGGUGAGGUGAGCCGGGCCAGUUCCUAAACCGCCCUGCCCCGCUCCACAGAGGGGCCGCGCUCCUCCCCAGUCCUAGCUAGCGAGCUCGGCAUCGUGCAGGCAGGAGGGUCACUGUGCGGGGUCUGAGUCCCCCAUUGCCUGCGGGAUGAGCUGCGCAGACGGGGCUGCUGCUGCAGGCUGGCUGCUGACGCUGCUGCUCACCAUGGCGGCGCCCCGGGGCGCUGCGGCGCUGCUGCGGGGCAAUGGCUACGAUGGGCUACUUGUUGCGAUUAACCCGCAGGUGCCAGAAGACCAGAAGCUCCUCGCAAACAUCAAGGAAAUGAUAACUGAAGCUUCUUUUUAUUUGUUCAAUGCUACACAAAGAAGAGUCUAUUUCCAGAAUAUAAAGAUUUUAAUACCUGCUACAUGGAAAGCAAACAAUUAUGGGAAACCAAAACAUGAGUCAUAUGAAAAGGCAGAGGUCAUAGUUGCUGCUCCUUAUUGGAAACAUGGAGAUGAGCCAUAUACCCUACAAUAUGGAGAAUGUGGAAGCAUGGGAAAAUAUAUACAUUUCACACCUAACUUCCUAGUAAAUGAUUAUUUGAUUGAGGUCUAUGGAUCCCGGGGUAGAGUUUUUGUCCAUGAAUGGGCCCACCUUCGAUGGGGGGUAUUUGAUGAGUAUAAUAAUGAAAAGCCUUUCUAUAUAACUGGACAAAAUCAAGUUAAAGUUACAAGGUGUGCAGCUGACCUUACAGGGAUCUAUGUCUGUGAAAAAAAAUCUUUCACCGAAGGAAAUUGUGUCAUUAACCAGCUGACGGGACUUUUUAAGGAAGGAUGUGCAUUUAUUCCUGAGAGAACUCAAACGGCAAAGUCAUCAAUAAUGUACAUGCAAAGCUUAUCAUCUGUGUUUGAAUUUUGUAAUGAAAGUAACCAUAAUAGAGAAGCUCCCAAUCUGCAAAACAGAAUGUGCGACUAUCGAAGCACAUGGGAUGUAAUAAUAAGCUCUAUGGACUUUAAUAACACCCUUCUAAGAACCAACACCAGCCUCCCACCUCCUCCUACCUUCUCAUUGCUACAGAAGAGAGACCGAGUGAUCUGUUUAGUUCUUGAUGUUUCCCACAGUAUGAAUGGGGAUGAUCGGAUAAAUCGACUGCGUCAGGCAGCAGAAUUGUAUCUACUGCACGUUGUUGAAGACAAUUCCUAUGUUGGUAUUGUCACCUUCAAUAACAAAGGAGAAAUCAGAAGUCAGUUGCGUCAAAUAGUCAACAAGGACAUACGGAAAGAGCUUGCUUCUUACCUACCUACUGCUGCACCUAGUGGAGGAACAAACAUUUGUGUGGGUCUGCAGCUGGGAUUUGAGGUUAAAUAUGCUCUAUUAUCAGGUGAUUAAAAACAAGAUGGAAAUAUAUAUGGUUCUGAAAUUAUAUUACUGACAGCUGGAGAAGACAGUGGGAUAAUUGAAUGCUUUUCUAACGUAAUUAACAGUGGAUCAAUCAUUCACACCAUUGCUCUUGGGCCAUCUGCUGCUAAAGAAGUUGAACAAUUAGCCCAUGAGACAGGGGGCUUAACGUUUUUUGCCUCAGAUAGACUGGACUCCAAUGACCUAAUUGAUGAUUUCAGCGCAAUUUCAUCAGGGAGUGGAGAUACUUUCAGUCAUUCCAUUCAGAUUGAAAGUGCUGGUGAAAGGACUGAAAGCUGUAAGCAGUUUAGUAGGACAUUGAGGAUUGAUAGCACAGUAGGAUAGGAUACCUUCUUUGUAGUAACGUGGCAGACUGCUGAACCACCAAAGAUCUCUCUCCUUGAUCCAAAUGGAAAAAACUACACCAAUAAGGACUUUGAGGUUAAUACGGUGUUGCAAGUAGCUCGUCUCCAGAUUCCAGGAAUUGCAGAGGUUGGGGAGUGGACCUAUGCUCUCAUGAAUACUCACCUGUCCCCGCAAGCUCUAACUAUGACAGUGACUUCCCGAGCAGCAAACUCUACUAUACCUGCAAUAACUGUGAAAGCCCACAUGAGUAGUGAUAGAAACGAAUACCCUAGAUCGAUGGUUGUUUAUGCACGAGUCAGUCAAGGACUUUCACCUAUUCUUGGAGCAAAUGUAACUGCCGUUAUCAAACCAGGGACUGGAGAUCCAAUUAUCUUGGAACUUUUAGACAAUGGUGCAGGGUCAGACAUUGUCAAGAAUGACGGUGUCUAUUCCAGGUACAUCUAUUCUUUUUCUGAAAAUGGCAGAUACAACUUGAAAGUAUGUGUUCAACAAGCUAGCAAGACUAUCAUACCAAACCCCACAGUGCCAUGGAGUCAUUCGAUGUAUAUACCCGGUUACAUCGAAAAUGGUAAGAUCCAGAUGAACCCACCAAGACCCUCCGUUAUCAGUAAUGAAGAUAUUCAAACCAGAGUCGAUGGCUUCAGCAGAACAGCCUCAGGAGGCUCCUUCGUAAUGUCUGCAGUUCCUACUAGACCCCAUAAUGAUGUGUUUCCACCAUGUAAAAUUAUUGAUCUUCAGGCCAGAACAGCCAAUGAUGUGAUUAUUUUAUCAUGGACAGCAUCAGGGGAUGAUCUUGACCAGGGGCAAGCUGUAAGUUACGAAAUAAGAACAAGUGAAAGUCCUCUGGAACUAAGAGACAACUUUGAUAAAACUAUUCUGGUGAACACUUCUGAUCUGACACCUCAGCAUGCUGGGUACAAGGAAAUAUUUGUAUUUAAACCAGAAGCUUUUGCAACAGAAAAUAUCACCAUCAUCUAAGUGGCUGUACGUGCCAUUGAUAAAGCCUCCCUGCACUCUAAUGUAUCCAAUAUAGCACAAGCAGUGAAGUUUGUUCUCCCAAUGGAUUAUCUCACUGGUAAUAUUGAGUACAGUGUUUCAAGGAUAGUGUUGCUUGGAUUUGGGUUAUUAACAGCAGUUUGCCUUAUUACAAGUGCAACCAUAUGUGAUUUAAAGAAAAAGAAGAAAGUAGUUAUCACAGAAAAGGCAACAAAUCUACUGUGACUUAUGGUGAAAGUUUGGAUGAUGUCGACUUAUUUUUCUAAGAGCUGUUUUGAUUUUGUUUUUUCACAAGCCACAUAAAAAUAAUUGCCCUAGUACAGAAAAGGGUGUAUAAGAAUAAUUGUAAAACCAUAAUACUGAACUGUAUGAAACUGCUGUGAUUUAGUAGUAGUAUCAUACUGCACGUACACCGCAUGCCGGAAUGGUCUGGUCCAAUUAAAACUACAUUAUAUGUACCCCCUAAGCUCAUGCCACUAAAAGCUUUAUGCCACUUGAUUACGUAUUUUUAUGUAUACAGUAUGAUUUCCUGCAGCUGCCUAUAGGGUGAACCUCUUUAUAAUUCAGCUCUCGAGCAUGUCAUGGCACCCGGAGGGAACAGUUGUUUAGAAAUGCACCCUUUUGGAGGAUGUGCUUCGGCAGGUUCGUCCUUGCCUGAUUCCUAGUUCACUGACAGCAAAGUACAAUGUUUAGUGGGGACUAAAGCACAUAAGUGAAAGUAGUUUCCCAGGAAUGCUGCAACCCAAGGAGCUUGUUCACUGAGAAAAUGCAGCUGCACAUCUGUUUUCAGCCAUUUAGAGUCAAACUCAUAAAAAUACUUGCAUGAGUUUGGAACCUCAAAGUUAGACAGGAGUCAGUCUGAACUCAAACGGUAACUUAAAUUUAGUCCACACACCACCUCUUUUGCCCAUUUCUACUAGAAAUUGAGGUUUAUAAUGCAAACAAUGAGCUGUUCACUAUAUCACUGCAUGUAUAUUACCAUGAUACCGCUUCCAAAAUGUCAAAGGUAUUUCAAGGUAGCCUCUACAUUUGUGCCCAUUAUUUUUCAUAGAAACUGUUGCACGUAUAAAAAGUGAAUGUGCUUGUGAAUCCAUUUUCUGCCUACUGUUCAUAAAGAAACCUUUGCUUUGUGCAUGCAUAAAAUUUGAGGGUGUCAAUUUGGAGAAGAUUUUAAAAUGUUUUCAAAAAACAUAAAUGUUACAAUAUAUUGGUCUGCUUGUUCUUGGCAUCCUCAAACAUGAAACAAAUAUAAAGAAUAUAGCCUUUAACAUACGAAGCCAAAUCCACCUCGCACGCUACUACAACUGAAAACAAUUGGCCAAAUUCAAAUCUAGUGAAACUCCAGUGUUGUUAGCUAUUUGAUCACUCAGUGGCUCCAAAGCCUGGUGCAUGUUGCUAUGCCACUAAUGUGGUUUUGUUUUCUAGCUGCUGCCUCUUUAAAAUUUUGGUUUUUAUGGGAAGAUGAUAAAUGUGGGAGAGUUCUCUCUCUGACAUAUCCUAUAGUGGUUACCACAAGGCAAGUACUUUAUCCCACCUGUGAGUAAACUCACCUAGUU